UAUGUAUAACGUUGUCCCACCAGCUAAUGAGCCUUAAGGAAUAGCAGCAGAGGCUGAACGGCAGGAUGCACUUGUAAUGAUUACAGGAACUGCAGUUUUUGUUUUUGUAGAUUUGCUUUAAGCUUGA